AUGUGGUGGUGCUGUUCUUCUUCCGCUAGUUCAGGACCGAUGGCUGCGAUACGAAAAAAGCUAGUGAUUGUCGGUGACGGUGCGUGUGGUAAAACGUGCCUGUUGAUCGUGUUUAGUAAAGAUCAGUUUCCGGAAGUGUAUGUGCCGACAGUAUUCGAGAAUUACGUUGCCGAUAUCGAGGUAGACGGCAAACAAGUAGAGCUCGCUUUAUGGGAUACAGCGGGCCAAGAGGACUACGACCGGCUCCGGCCACUCUCUUACCCGGACACGGAUGUGAUUUUGAUGUGCUUCUCGGUGGACUCGCCCGACUCCCUUGAGAACAUCCCGGAGAAAUGGACUCCGGAAGUGAAACACUUCUGCCCCAAUGUGCCCAUCAUCCUAGUCGGCAAUAAGAAAGAUCUGCGCAACGACCCGGCAACCAUCAACGAGCUGCGCAAGAUGAAGCAGGAACCUGUUAAGCCUCAGGAAGGCCGCGCCAUGGCCGAAAAAAUCAACGCAUUCGCCUAUUUGGAGUGUUCGGCUAAGAGCAAGGAGGGUGUGCGUGAGGUGUUCGAGACGGCGACCCGUGCCGCGUUACAGGUCAAGAAGAAGAAGAAGACGAGGUGUUCUCUGCUGUAA